AUGCUCUCGCGCGCGGCGCAACGUGCGGCAAAGGCCUCGAUUGCCCACUUCUCCACCUCUGCUCGCUCUGCAGCCAAACCCAGCCGCUUCGUCCCUGCCGGUGCUGCUGCUCCCAAGCCAGCAAAGCAACCCUCUCCUGCCACCUCUGCCCGUCAGACCUCACCGGGCACCAGUCUUCCCAAGGACAAGACAUGGAAGCCCAUCGAUAGCAUCAAGUUCGCUGCUCCUGCCGCCGCUGCACAGCAACCCGUCCGUCCUGCCGCCGAUGGCCCCGUAGCACCCGACGCUUCUGCCAGUACGAAGGCUACCCCCACCGCAAACACCACUCCCACAGAACAGCCCGGUCCUUUCCCCAAGACCACCUCCUCCAACCAAGCCUCGGAAGCCAGCAAUCCUGCCUUCUCGGGCCCGCAAUCCGCAGAUGCCAACACUACCCCCACAGAACAGCCCACCGAGUCGCAACCCUCCGGUCCCCUGCCUGAUCUGCGCCAAGGUAUUCCCUCGACCUUUGAUUUUGAGUUCAUGAAGAAGGAAGCUAGCGCGCAAAACCCCACCGAGCAGAAGGUUACUGGUGAAGAGACUCCCGAGUCCACUCCCGAAGCUGCUGGCUUUGGCGGCAGACGUGGUGCUGAGGGUGAGGAUGAGCAAUACCGUCGCGAGGACUACGAGACAUCGUUCGACAAGCGUCGCGCCAGAAUGGCCAACUACGGUUAUCUCUCCUUGUUGGCUUUCGCUGCUGCUGGUACCGCUUAUUUCACAAGACCCUACGGAGCCGAUGAGACUCCUCAAGGCCUCGAGCCCGAGCACAUCACCGGAUGGGCACCUCAAAGCAUGUACGCCCGUGUCAAGAACCGUAUGAGCAGCCAAGCCGCCUACUACACCGAGCCCACCUUCCAGAAGCUGUUGCCCGAGGUUCCCGAGUCUCAACGUCCUCCCUUCACUUUGGUCCUCUCCCUUGAAGACUUGCUCAUCCACAGCGAGUGGUCUCGCGAGCACGGCUGGCGCACUGCCAAGCGUCCUGGUGUCGACUACUUCCUCAAGUACCUUAGUCAGUACUACGAAUUGGUUCUCUUCACCUCGGUUCCUGUCGCAAUGGCCGACCCUGUCAUCAAGAAGCUCGACCCCUUCCACAUCAUCCAGUGGCCCUUGUUCCGUGAAGCCACCAAGUACGAGAAUGGCGAAUACGUCAAGGACUUGAACUACUUGAACCGUCCUCUCGACAAGGUCAUCAUGAUCGACACCAAGGCCGCACACGUCAAGAACAACCCCAACAACGCGUAUGUUACUUGGUCACCUCACUCACUGAAACAUGCUAACUCCUACAUCCAGUNNAUCGUCCUGCCCAAGUGGGAGGGCAAGCCCUCAGAUCCUCACGCCAAGGACCUCGUCGCCCUGAUUCCCUUCCUCGAAUACGUCGCUACUAUGGGCGUUGAAGAUACCCGCAAGGUCCUCGAAUCAUUCGCCGGCUCCGAUAUCCCCAUCGAGUUCGCCGCUCGUGAAGGCAAGGCUCGCGAGGCUUUCCAAAAGCAGCUCGCAGAAGAGCAAUCCCGCCGUCCUCAACGCUCGAUCGGUGGUCUUCUCAACAAAGCCCUCGGUAUCAAGGCUCAACCUGGCGGUCUCUCCCUAGACAACGAGACCACUGUCGCUGAAGGCUUGUCCCAAGGCAAGAUGCUGUCUGACCAGAUCCGUGAGCGUGGUCAACGCGAGUACCAACGCCUCGAAGCCGAGAUUCAAAAGAACGGCGAGAAGUGGCUGAAGGAGAUGGAAGAGGAAGAGAAGAAGUUCAUGGAGAACAUGAGCAAGGACAUGAAGAAGAGUUGGUUCGGCUGGGGUUCGGCAUCAGGAGCCCCUGCAGCCAGCGAGACGGCAAAGAGACAGGAGUAG